GGAGGGGCGUCCACUGGACGACUUGAGUUUUACGGCCUCCGCAGGUGGUGCUGCCGGAAAGCGUUGGUGUUUGCGGCAGAAGGUAUAUGUAUUUAUGUAUAAAGACAGUGGAUAUUUUCAGUGACAAAUGAAAAUGGCCAGCUCAUUAAGAGGAGAAGUUUUGACUCUUUAUAAAAAUCUGCUGCAUGUUGGAAGAGAAUAUCCAAAAGGAGCAGACUACUUUAAAAGACGUUUGAAGGCAGCAUUCCUUAAAAACAAAGAUGUGAAGGACCCAGAGAAGAUCAAAGAACUUAUUUUACGAGGAGAAUUUGUAAUAAAAGAACUAGAAGCCUUGUACUUCCUUAGAAAAUACAGAGCUAUGAAGCAACGUUACUACCAAGACAACGAAACUAAGUGAAUUAUUAUUGUUGCAAAUGUAAGGUUACUGAUUAGGUUGUCUGAGCAAUAAUUGGUGGCAUAUCUUUAGAUGGAAGCCAAGUAUUGCAUCAUAACAUAUAUAGGAUGUAUAUAAAAAUGCUCAGAAUACCUGAACUGCCUUCCUCAACUUUAAAAUUUAUUUUGAAACUAUGUCUAUAAAUCAGUACUCAACGUUUCCCCAGCCAAGAUUUGUGUCCUUGUUUUUUUUUUUAAUUAAAGCACCUGUCAAAACACUGA